AUGGCGGACUGGGACACCUCGCUGGUGACCGACAUGUCUGGGCUUUUCUCGGGUAAAUGGAGCUUCAACCAGGAUAUAUCCGGGUGGGAUGUGAGCAAAGUGACGGACAUGAGCAACAUGUUCAACCAGGCUGGCCAGUUCAAUCAGGACCUGAGCUCUUGGAAGGUGGGCGCGGUCACAGAUAUGAGCCAAAUGUUUCAAAGUGCUUGGAGCUUUGCAAAAACCGCUGACAUGUCCGGUUGGGACGUGAGCAAGGUGACCAACAUGCAGAGCAUGUUCAGCGGCGCGCAGUAUUUCAACGCGACGGGGCUUAGCUCAUGGGACGUGAGCAAGGUUACCGACAUGAGCUAUAUGUUCUACGGCGCGUCCAAGUUCAACGACGACAUCAGCAACUGGAACGUGGGGCAGGUACAGCAGAUGCGAUCCAUGUUUUACGACGCGAUGGACAUGCCGUCCUGGGACACCUCGCUCGUGACCGACAUGUCUCGGCUUUUCUCGAAUAAAUGGGACUUCAACCAGGAUAUAUCCGGGUGGGACGUGAGCAAAGUGACAGACAUGAGCGGCAUGUUCGACAACGCGGGCCAGUUCAAUCAGGACCUGAGCUCUUGGAAGGUGGGCGCGGUCACAGAUAUGAGCCAAAUGUUUCAAAGUGCUUGGAGCUUUGCAAAAACCGCUGACAUGUCCGGGUGGGACGUGAGCAAGGUGACCAACAUGCAGGGCAUGUUCAACUAUGCGCAGAAUUUCAACGCGACGGGACUUGGCUCAUGGGACGUGAGCAAGGUUACCGACAUGAGCAAUAUGUUCUACGGCGCGUCCAAGUUCAACGACGACAUCAGCAACUGGAACGUGGGGCAGGUACAGCAGAUGCGAUCCAUGUUUUACGACGCGAGGGACUUCAACCAGGAUAUAUCCGGGUGGGACGUGAGCAAAGUGACAGACAUGAGCGGCAUGUUCGACAACGCGGGCCAGUUCAAUCAGGACCUGAGCUCUUGGAAGGUGGGCGCGGUUACAGAUAUGAGCCAAAUGUUUCAAAGUGCUUGGAGCUUUGCAAAAACCGCUGACAUGUCCGGGUGGGACGUGAGCAAGGUGACCAACAUGCAGGGCAUGUUCAACUAUGCGCAGAAUUUCAACGCGACGGGACUUGGCUCAUGGGACGUGAGCAAGGUUACCGACAUGAGCUAUAUGUUCUACGGCGCGUCCAACUUCAACGACGACAUCAGCAACUGGAACGUGGGGCAGGUACAGCAGAUGAUAUCCAUGUUCACCGGCGCGAGUAUCUUCAAUGCAGACAUCACGGGAUGG